AUGUCGCUGACCAGUCUUCGGCCUGCCAGUUUCGCACUCACGCAAUCCUCCACGAGUCGAUCUGGCGCGCCCACCUCCAACGACUCCAGCACGCGCUCCCUUCAGCACUCCUCCGCCUACAUCAAUCUUUCGCGCCAGCUCGCACAUUUCUCGAACCUCGUCCUAUUAACCCCGUCGCCUCAGCCCUCGUCGUACUCAUCACCCACGUCGGAGACAGAAUUGUCCAUAACCGACCUCUCACCACUGCAGCGCAAGAUUCAAUCCGACCUCUAUUCUCCAGUAGCCUUCCAGCGCACGAAAUGGCUACAUCAGAUCGAGGGUGCUCGCAACCUGCUCCUGCAAUUGGAGCGAGAAGCACAAGGAAUCAAAGUGCAGAAAACGCGAACGGCAGCGCUUCGCGAUCUGGCUGCGAAGAGAAAAGUGGUACGGCGGUUGAGGGAGCGGGUUGAAGAAAUUGGCCGGGAGGUAGAGAGCAUGGGAGACGCAAAGUGGCAGACUCCUCCUGAGACUACAAGAGGGGAGACACUGUGGGAUGUAGUGCAGCAGCGGGCAGCGAUGAGGGCAUCGGAAGGUGGGGCGGCAAAGGGCGACGAGAGGUUGCUUGAAGGUCGGCCUGUGCAGGACGAGGGCGAGGAGCUGCCGGAGGACCAAGAGAAAUCUGCACAGGAAGCGAGGGAUGAUCUAUUCAACUCCGGCAAUACCUCUUCCACCAUCCGUCGACGCGACAAGCAGACCAGGGCCGCGACUUCCCCAACAUCCCAUUCCUCCAUGGGCAAGUCCACGGGCGUUUCCUCGCACGAGAAAUCCAUGCACAGCUCCGCCGCCGAUCAGGAGGCGCUGACCACCUCACUGGUGUCCCUGGCGGCGCAGCUGAAGCAGCAGACGCGCGCCUUUCAGUUUAGCUUGGACCAGGACAAGGGACUGCUGAACCGGGCAAUAGAAGGGUUAGAAGGGAACAUUACCGGGCUGGAUGCGGCGAGCAGGAAUAUGCAAUUCUUGAAGAGGAUGAGCGAGGGUGAGGGCUGGUGGGGCCGGAUGAAGCUGUACGCAAUCAUUUUCGGGCUAUGGGUUGUGGCGAUACUACUGGUCUUUGUCAUGCCGAAGCUGAGGUUCUGA